AAGCAGCGUCAUAAAAGGCGGAAAGUUGGAUCUGGCAGUGCUGUUCCCAAGAAAUCCCAAACAGCGGCUGCCAACGAGCUGAGAUGGAAGCCAGUGGAGAUCCCAGAUACCCUAGAUGAUUACGAGGGAUUUUAUGGGCUCGAGGAAAUCGAUGGUGUUCAUGUCAAAAUGGAAGAUGGACAAGUCAAAUUUGUUGUUAAAGAUGAAAAUAAACUUGUCAAGGAAGCAGAAAAGCCCGAUAAUACUGAUAACCAAGAAGAGGAUGCAGAAGAUUCUGAAAGCGAAGAGAAUGACAAUGAGCAGCAACAAAAUGAGUCUGAGGAGAAUGAUGAAAAAGAAGAGUUUUCUGAGAAUGAAAAGGAAUUGAAGACGAACGUGUUUGCGGCUUUGAAGGAGGACCUGCCAGAGGAUGUGGAUCUGCCCGAAUGGAGUUCCCUUAACCUUUCUGCUAGCACCUUGCAAGGAUUACAGAAGCUUGGAUUCCAAAAGCCUACCGAAAUCCAAAGAUCCACCAUUCCACUUGCUAUGGAUGGGAAGGACGUUAUCGGUAAAGCCAUAACUGGUUCUGGUAAGACAUUGGCGUAUGGUAUACCAAUCCUUGAGAAAGCUUUGAGCAAUAAACAAGAACAUCUGAGCGGGAUAAUCUUUACUCCAACCAGAGAACUAGCUAACCAAGUGAUGAAGCAUUUGCAGGAACUGUUCAAAUAUACUCCGUUUCAUGACAAAGCGGUCAUUUCUCUUACUGGUGGUCUCUCUAUUCAGAAGCAGGAGAGAUUAUUGGGAUACAAACCGCGGGUGGUUAUUGCCACCCCAGGGCGCUUUUUGGAAAUACUUGAAAAGAAGACCGAAAAUGCAGUGCAACUUGCGUCUGCUGACAUUUUAGUUUGCGACGAAGCUGACCGAUUACUUCAGGAUGGGCACUUUGAUGAAUUGGGUAAGAUCCUGGAAAUUCUCCACAACCACCGCCCAAAAGCUCGGGGCCAGAAGUUCCAGUCUCUAGUUUUCUCGGCUACCUUUUCUCAAGAUCUUUUUGGGAAACUGGAGAAAGCCAAAAAGCAUGCUUUUGACAGCGAACAAGCCAUCGUCAAGAUGCUUUCUAAGCAUUUGAAAUUCCGCUCCAAACCAGAAUAUGUGGAUGUUAAUCCUACAGAGAUUGUGGCUCAUAGCAUCACAGAAGCAAUGAUCCCAUGUGGAGCUCAGGAGAGGGAUCUCAUGCUGUACUAUUUCCUUACCAUGUUUCCUGGUGUCACGUUGGUAUUUGCCAACGCUAUUGACUCAGUCAAGAGACUAGCCCCAAUGUUGAACAACUUAGGAAUCCCCACCGUGUCGCUACAUUCUUCGAUGGUACAAAAACAACGUCUGAGAUCUCUUGAACGUUUCAAGGCCAACUCAGAAAAAGCUAUCAAGGAAAAGAAGUCUUCCGUGCUGAUUGCAUCGGAUGUUGCUGCCAGAGGGUUAGAUAUUCCGGGAAUCCACCACGUGGUGCAUUAUCACAUCCCUCGUACAGCAGACACCUACAUUCACCGCUCAGGAAGAACAGCAAGAGCGGGACGCGAAGGUGUUUCAGUGAUACUUUGCUCUCCAAAUGAGGCUUCUGGUCCACUAAAGCAGCUCAGAAAAACUGUUGCUAACAAGGAAGUUGACGAUUUGAGAACGCUACCACUUGAAAUGGACAUUUUAGACCAGCUCCGUGAAAGACUCGAGUUGAGUGCUAAAUUGGCUCAGGCAGAGCUCAAUAGUCAGAUUGUGAACAAAGAGAAAACGUGGAUUGAAAAAGCUGCAGACGAUCUGGGAAUCGAGGACCUAAGCGAUUUGGAGGAGGAUGAUUUCCUCAAAAGAGAUAGAAAGCGGAAAGAGGGCAAGCAAUUGACCAAGCAGGACGCAAAAAGCUACAGAGCGCAGUUGAAACACCUACUGAGCCAGCCUCUGAGAAAAAGCGGAAGACGGUCGUAUAUUGCUGGAGGCCUGACCAAUAUUGCGGAUCUCCUUGCCAGAGGGGGCGACUCGAAUAUCUUGGGAUACCAUCAGAAAGAUGCACUGGAGGUGCUGAAGAAAAAGAAG